CAGAGAAAGAAUUUGUAACAGUGAAAUAUAGCGGUGGAAAUUAAUGAACUGUUCAUUUUUUUUUUUUAUGCUCUUUUACAAAUUGUUUUCUUCUUUGAGGAAAUUUAUAAAUUGUUUUUUCUUUUGGUAUUUCCAAGCUUUUUAAUUUUAACAUCAUUUUCUCCAUUUCACAUUCAAGAACCUAUUAGCCAACCCUUUUCUUUCCCUGUCGCUCCAUCUCAUUCACUUUGAGUUUGACCCGUUGCCAGCCACCGGCAACUUUCUCUACUCCAAUGGAGACCCCACUCUGCAUACUCUCUCUCUAGAGAGGAUCUUCUUAGUGGGAAACAUUUGUUUGUUGAGUUUUAGGUCCUCUUUUUUCUCUUAGAGCCAAAAAGCAGCCUUAAAUAACCUGCCCCUUCUCUUUCUUCUUUCUCUUUCUCUCUUUUUUUCUUUUCUUUUUUUUGUUUCUUCUCCGAAAACCCUAAUCUUUACACUGAAAAAGGAGAAAGAAGAAGAAGCAGCAGCAAGAAAGAGAUGGAAAGCUCACAAACUUUUGUUGAUUUAGUGCAAAAAGGAGAUACAUAUAUUAUUAUUGCCUUCCAUUUCAGAUCAGGCUUUAAAAGAUAUGAGGACUUUUCUUUAAAGCUGAUUUAGAAGAUAUAUGCCGCUAGCUAGUUUCUUGAUCAUCAAUAGUAUUCAUUUGGUUUGAUGGGUGGUUCUUUUGCUGCAUCAGCACUUCCAUAAUUGCUCUUUUGAUCAAACUCUGCAACUUGGCAACUAUCACCGCCAUCUCCUUUUUCAGGUUUCACUCAUCAAAAUCUUUGUUUGUUUUCUCUUUUUCUUUAUUAGCUAUGGAUUCUGGUAAUAGUGGUAGUAUGCAAUCUUCAAGUGGUGAUGAAGAGUAUGAUUCAAGACCAGAGUCAUCACUUCCUGCUUUCUUGAAUCAUUCUAGCCACUUUGGCCUUCCUUUAUCAUUAAACCCACAAUCUUUUCUUUCACACCACCACCACCACCACCAACAACAACAACAACAUCAACAUCCCACUCCAUUUGAUCCUUCACCAAAUCUUUUCCAUGCUUUUUCUCAAUCUUCACCAAACCCAAAUCUCAACUCUUCCCUGCUAAAUCUUGACGUGGUUCGGCCACGAGGUCUACGAUCUGACCCGGAUUGCACUGACCUCAGAAGCAACCUUCCAGGAUCAUCAUCAUCGUCGGCAACAGCACCAGCUGCAGCGCCAUCUGGUCAAUCAUCAGUCCUAGGUGCUCAAGGAUCAGGUCAAGGUGCUCCACUUCCAUCUAUGCAAUUGCGAUCUGUACAAGAUAAUGGAGGGCGAUGUUCUUCUCCUUCUGAUCAAACACAUGUAGUAACAAGAAAUCCCAAGAAGCGAACAAGAGCAUCAAGAAGAGCACCCACUACGGUUCUCACUACGGACACGUCAAAUUUUCGAGCAAUGGUGCAAGAGUUUACUGGGAUCCCAGCACCACCAUUUUCAGGGUCACCAUAUUCACGCUGCAGGCUUGAUCUUUUUGGUUCAGUUGGGUCAGGUAUGAGGUCUAGCCAUUUGGAACAAAUGGGUUCACUUUACCCUUUACAUCCGUCGGCUCAAAAGGUUCAACAUCAACAAUCCCCAUUUUCAUUCUCUUCUUCUUCUUCUUUGUUGAACACUAAUACUAUGGUAGAUGCUACUAAUAUUGCUAGUACUACAACAACUACUAAUGACAAUAAUACUAUUACCUCAUCUUCUAUUCCCGCUGGGACAACUAGUACUUUUAAUCCUAGUUCUAUUAACAACUACCAACUGCCUUCUGAUCUAGGCCAACUGUCCAAACAACCUCAGAAUAUGUUAAACAUGCAAAACCAAAUGCUCUCAUUUCAGUCCCUUUUACAACCUCCUCCUCUCCAUCACUCUUCACUUAAUGUUCAUGGGUUAGGUGCGAAGUCUCAAGCAAGCAUGCCAUUACCUUCUCUGGAUGACUUGGGUAUGAGUCAUAAUGCAAACCUGAGUGGAAUACCAAGUCAUAAUGUAACAACUGCAGAAGGGAUGCGAUUGAGGAAUAAUGAUCACAAUAAUAGCUGUAAGUUUAACUACUCAGCUUCGUCAUCAGAUUUUCAUCAUCAUGAUAAGGGUUUAGAGAUUGUUCCUCCAAGAGGUGAAGGUGCUGUUGAUUCAUGGAUUUGUCCUUCAGAAUAGGAACAGAUUUAAAUGGUUAUAUAGUAGUUCAUGGUGUACUGGAGACAAGGAAGUAGCUAACAAGAGGAGGGUAUUUGCCUGCUGCUAUAACUAAUUAACCCAUGAUCAAAGGUAGUAUUGUUUGGUGGAGAUUAUGGUCAUGAUGAUCUUGAUAUAUAUUAAUGAUGAUGAGGCUAAGAUUGUGUUUUUAAGCUCAGUCUCACCACUUCCUUUGGCUAGAAUAUUACAGCAUCAAAUCAUCUCUCUCUUUCUUUCUUUCUUUCUUUUUUUUUUUUAAGGAAAUAAACAAGAAUAUUUCUAGUAUCACACUGUUUACAAUUAUUUGUAGAUAUACAUCUCUUUUCCAGCUUUUUGUCAUAAUUCUCGUUAGACAUCAUUACUGUAUUAUUCAGUUUUCCAUUUCUCUCUUGUACUUGCAA